AUACUUGGCAGAUCAGAAACACAGGAGUGUAUCUACUACAACGCUAAUUGGGAAAAAGAUAAAACAAAUCGCAGUGGUAUUGAACCUUGUUAUGGUGAUAAAGAUAAAAGACGACACUGUUUUGCUACAUGGAAGAAUAUUUCUGGAUCAAUUGAAAUUGUGAAGCAAGGUUGCUGGCUAGAUGACAUCAAUUGCUAUGACAGGAAUGACUGCAUAGAGAAGAAAGACAGCCCUGAAGUGUUUUUCUGUUGCUGUGAAGGCAACAUGUGUAAUGAACGCUUUUUCUAUUUUCCAGAAAUGGAGGUCACGCAACCAACUUCUAAUCCCGUUACACCGAAGCCACCUCUGUUCAAUACCUUGCUUUAUUCAUUGGUGCCUAUAAUGGGAAUUGCAGUGAUUGUCCUCUUUUCGUUCUGGAUGUACAGACAUCACAAGCUAGCGUAUCCUCCAGUACUCGUUCCAACCCAAGAUCCUGGACCGCCACCGCCGUCGCCGUUGAUGGGUUUGAAGCCACUGCAGUUACUAGAGAUCAAAGCUAGGGGGAGAUUUGGAUGUGUGUGGAAAGCUCAGCUGCUAAAUGAGUAUGUUGCAGUCAAAAUAUUCCCUAUUCAGGACAAACAGUCGUGGCAGAACGAAUAUGAAAUUUACAGUUUACCUGGAAUGAAGCAUGACAAUAUCCUGCAGUUCAUUGGGGCAGAGAAGCGAGGCACUAGCAUCGAUGUGGAUCUCUGGUUAAUUACAGCAUUUCAUGAAAAGGGUUCAUUAACGGACUUUCUCAAGGCUAACGUGGUUUCUUGGAACGAGCUAUGUCACAUCGCUCAAACCAUGGCUAGAGGCUUGGCCUAUCUUCACGAGGAUAUACCAGGGCUGAAAGACGGACAUAAACCUGCCAUCUCGCAUAGGGACAUCAAAAGCAAGAAUGUGCUGCUGAAAAAUAAUCUUACAGCUUGUAUUGCUGAUUUCGGUCUAGCUUUAAAGUUUGAGGCUGGAAAGUCUGCAGGAGAUACACACGGACAGGUCGGUACACGAAGGUAUAUGGCUCCUGAGGUACUAGAAGGUGCUAUAAACUUCCAAAGGGAUGCGUUUUUGAGGAUAGAUAUGUAUGCCAUGGGCUUAGUCCUCUGGGAAUUGGCGUCACGCUGUACUGCCUCAGAUGGUCCGGUAGAUGAGUACAUGCUGCCAUUUGAAGAAGAAAUCGGCCAGCAUCCCUCCCUUGAAGACAUGCAGGAAGUUGUAGUUCACAAAAAGAAGAGACCCGUUUUACGAGAGUGUUGGCAAAAACAUUCUGGAAUGGCGAUGCUUUGUGAAACCAUAGAGGAGUGCUGGGAUCACGAUGCGGAAGCCAGGCUGUCGGCGGGGUGCGUAGAAGAGCGCAUUAUUCAGAUGCAAAAAUUAACUAACAUUAUAACGACAGAGGACAUCGUGACUGUGGUCACAAUGGUGACAAACGUUGACUUUCCUCCCAAAGAAUCCAGUCUAUGAUAGUUGCACUGGUCACGUCACUGACCGCCAGGACUCUUCACUGGAGCUGCUAACGCUGACGGGACUGCUCACGGCAUUACUGUUCUCUGUGUGAAACGAAGGGUAAGUCUCUCUGGAACGUCAUCAAGAGGUGUUUUUCCUUUAUUUCCCCCUUCCUCCUCCUCCUCCCGAACGUGGAUCCGUGAGACUUUUUGCAUUCCCUGCUUACACCUGAAGGACACGUGACUGAGAAACGAUAACGUGCUGUUAAGGAACUGAAAUGAAGAAUACGGACCUGUACCGGCUAACCAAGCGUUUUAAAAACUGACAUCAGCUUUCUUAAUACCUGUCAGAAGAGACUAAUUCCUUAAAUGAACUACUGUUAUUUUUUUUAAAUCAAACAUUUCAUUUCAGAUUUAAAAA